AAUAAUCAGUGAUCUAUAUAAUGAAGGGAAUUCUAUGUUUGGUCAAACAUAGAAGCGAACUUUCGAAAAAUCAAAUUAAAAUAAAAAUUAAUUUAGAUGAAACACCGUCGUAAACUGUAUUUGAAUUGUGCGCGCCUGCUAUACUCUUUGGUCCUACCAACUACACAAGCGCCUUGUGGCGUACGGCCGGGUGAAUUUUUAAUGAAUUUGAGAGAAGAUCGAGCUAGCCAACACAUGCUUUUGAACACAUGUGACUGCGGUAACAAGUAUCUUUGAAAUAAUUGUACAAGUAAAAAGAUUGUAAACAAUAAAAUGGAUUCUGAUGAAGAGCUACAAGAGGCUUUCGCUAAAGGUCUUCUUAAACCAGGUUUAAACAUUCCUGUAAAAGCACCCAGAGAAUAUAAAAACAAUGUGAGUGCUCUUAAGAAUCAAAUUAAUAGUUUAAAGUUGAAUCUACCAUGGGUAGAAAAAUUGGUUCUUACCAAUGCUUUAGCUCCCAUGGCUCCUGAAAUGGCCAUCCACAUGGAGCAGCAGGAAGAACAACGUGCAAAACAGCUCAAGUCAAAUGUUAAGGGAAAAGGAAAGAAAAAAGAAAAAGCUGUUGAGCUUGAAGAUGACCCUGUUAUUAAUGAUUUCAAAAGAGAGUCCAUGUUUUAUCGACAAGCUCAAGCUGCUGUUUUAAAAGGCAUUAGCCAAUUGAAGGAGUUGGGAAUUCCAACUAAAAGACCCGAAGACUAUUUUGGAGAAAUGGUGAAAAGUGACCAACAUAUGACUAAAGUGAAGCUGGUGCUUGAGAAAAAGAAGAAGGAAGCACAAUUAUCAGAAAGAGCACGUCAACAGAGAACUCAACGAAAAAUGGCCAAAGAGAUGAGAAUUUCAUCUACAUUGAAGAAACAUGCUGAGAAGAAAGAAAUGCUGGAUGAAAUCAAAAAAUACCGUAAAGGUAAAACUAAUAAUCUCGAUUUCUUGGAAAAUAAAAAGAAACCAGUAAAUGCAGGAAGAAAGAUGCGUGAUAAGAAAUUUGGAUUUGGUGGUAAGAAGCGUGGUCUUAAGAAAAAUGAUAGACAAAGUGCAGCUGAUCUCUCUGGAUAUUCAGGACAAGAAUACUCCUUACCUGGAAAAUCUGGAAAUUCAAAGUUUAACAAAGGAAGAAAUAAGAACCAAAGUAAGACUGGCCAGAAAAAUCGACCAGGCAAAAGUCGCAGGGUUCAAAUGAAGGCUAAAAGAAAUUGAUUUAUAUUUGACAUGUAAAUAAUUUUAGAAUUAAGUAUAAACCAAUUUAUAAUUGGAAAGUACAAUAUUUUAGAUUUAAGGAAUAAACAAUUUUAUAAAAAACAAAAAUAUUUUUGUCAUGACUUUUUAGAUCUAUCCACUACACUCUUAUUUUAAAAAUUUUAAUAUUUUACCAGCAAUAAGUUUGUACAUAAGAAGCCAAAAUUCAAA